UUGGGCCGAGGUAGUAGCUGUGGCCCGGGGGAGCCGGCCGGCGGGCGGUCUCAACAGGUGGGCAGUUCUGACUCCUGUGGCUUCUCGGGUCAGAAGCAGAGUCCUUCCUGGUUGCUGUGGGCUUACGGGGUGUCCUCUCUGUCCCCAGAGGUGCUGAGUGAUGUGGUGACCGCCCGGCCUGGGGCCAACGUGACCCUGACCUGCCCGGGCGAGGAGCCUGGAGACAGUGCCACGAUUCACUGGCUGCUGAGGAAUCGGGUCCCAGGCUCACAGCAGGAACGGGGUGCUGGCGUGGGAGGGAGGCUUCUUCUGAGGUCGGUGCAGCUCAGCGACUCUGGAAACUACUCCUGUUACCGCGACGACGGCAGCCUGGCUGGAACUGUGCCUUUGCUGGUGGAAGCCCCUCCCGAGGAGCCCCAGAUCACCUGCUUCCGGAAGAGCCCCCUCAGCAAGGUGGCCUGUGAGUGGGGUCCUCGGAGCCCCCCCUCCGGGACGACCAGGGCCACGCUUCUGGUGAGGAAGUUCGGGACCAGCCCCAUGGGAGACUCGGAGGAGCCGUGCCAGUACUUUCCGGGGCCGCAGACCUUCUCCUGCCAGCUGGCAGUCCCUGAGGGGGACAACUCCUUGUACGUGGUGUCCCUGUGCGUCAGCAACGCUGCUGGGAGCAAGUCCAGCCAUCCCCAAACGUUUGAGGGCUACGGAAUCUUGCAGCCUGACCCACCUGUCAAUGUCACCGUCACUGCAGUGCCCGGAAACCCCCGCUGGCUCAGGGUCACCUGGCGGGACCCCCCGUCCUGGAACUCCUACUUCUACAGGCUGCAGUUUGAGCUCCGAUACCGGGCCGAGCGGUCGAAGACGUUCACAACGUGGAUGGUCAAGGAGCUCCAGCAUCACUGCAUCAUCCACGACGCCUGGAGAGGCGCGAGGCACAGGGUGCAGGUCCGGGCCCGGGAGGAGUUUGGGCACGGCUCCUGGAGCGCGUGGAGCCCGGAGGCCGCGGGCGCCCCGUGGACAGAACCCAGGAGCCCCCCAGCCAAGACGGAGGCGCCCCCCUUCACGCAGGCACCGACUACUAAUGGAGACGAUGAAAAUAAUCUCUUGAGAGAUUCCGCAAAUGCAACCAGCCUCCCAGUGCAAGACUCUUCGGUGCCACUGCCCACCUUCCUGGUGGCCGGAGGAAGCCUGGCCUUCGGAACGCUCCUGUGCGUUGGCCUCGUCCUGAGGUUCAGGAAGACGUGGAAGCUGCAGGCCCUGAAGGAAGGCAAGGCCAGCACACAGCCGCCGUAUGCUCUGGGGCAGCUGGUCCCCGACAGGCCCCAGCCCAGGCCGGGGCUCGUCCCCCUCCUCUCUCCUCCCGUGAACCCUGGCAGCCUCGGGUCUGACAACACGUCGGGGCACGGCCGGCCGGACGCCAGGGGCCCCCGGAGCGCUUACGACGUCACUAACAGAGACUACUUCUUACCCAGAUAGCUGGCUGGGCGCGCGGGGCGGGCGGGGGCCAGGCCGGCCCUGCCGUGUGCAGGACAGAGCGCCAGCCGGCCCCUCUCGGGCGCCGGCGGCGCGGGGCGGCCUCGCAGGAGGCGCUUGGCUUCCUGGAACAGGCGUGCGGCCCCUGCUGGUGUCCGGGAACCGCCCCUUCCCACACGCCCCCGAGGGGCCCGAGCCCACGCAGGCUCGUGGGUCCACCGUGCUGGACGCUCGGGGGAGCAGAGCCGGGUGUGGGCUGUGCAGGCGUGGCGUACUUGACCUGCUGGCCGUCCGCACACCCCGCUCGCCUCCACCAGCCGCACCCUGCGGCAGGUGGGACCCCAGCCGCCGGCCCCCUGGUGCCCUGCACCGAGCCACCUCCCAGCUGGAGUCCCAAGUGCCUUCACCAUGCAGUCUUCUCAGGUCCGAGGGCGGGAGAGGGCUCGCCUGCCUUCCCCACACCUGAAAACAGCACAGACGGGUCGGAGAGCGUCUCAGGGCCUGGGGGUCUGAAGUGGCAUCGUACUCACUUCCUCACUCGCAUCGUGCUGCAUGGGAAGGGCGAUCCUGGGCACUGGCUGGACCGCAGGCAGGUGCACUGGCUCCAGUUCCCCGUCUGGACCCCAGGACUAAAGGAGGAGAGACGAAAAGGGGGGCAGGUGCUGGGGACAGGCCUCCUCGCCCCCCCAAGAACUGGCAGCGGGGGCCUCCUCCGUGGCGGUGAGGGGUUCACACCCGCUUUGCUCUGCCUCCGUCUGCUUUGUUUUCAGCUGAGCCCGAGGAAACAAGGGAAGAUGAUAUUUAUGUGAAAAGACAGAAAGCAAGAAUGUAUGUUAACCUGCUUUUUACGAGAACUGCUGUUUGAUGUUGAGAGGGCACGAGAGCCCGCGCUCGCCCCGUGUCGGGACAGGAGUCACUUCGGUGAGGACGAGGACGCUUGUGUAGCACAAAACUGCCUCAAGGGGAAAAGGAGGAGAAAACACAAUUUUCCUUUUCGAGCAGAGUCAGGUUUCAUUCUCUGUCCUGUUUUUUUUGUCCUAAAACAACUGCCUCUUUUCGAACUUGGGGCAAAGCAGCUGUUUCCCCCCCAGGCAGCCUCAGGGGACACGCUCGCUGUCCAGCCCCCACCCCAGCCCCGGGCACGGGGGGGCGGUGGCCUUCUUACAAAGUCUGCUUCUGUGGAGCCUUCUUCAGUUCCUUGAAUUCGGUUCAGCUCAGCUGGGAUGGGAGCAGCGCGGAGCGUGUGGCCGUGGCCGUGCGUCCGGCCAUGACAACCGGGGGAUGCUCAAGGUUCCCCCAGCAAGUGCCCUCCAGCAGCAUGGGCUGUCCCAGGAUGAAGCUGUGAUCAGUCAGCCUUGUGGCCACGGCUGAAAACUUAGGAACCACAGACUUUUCUCAUCAGCUACCUUUUUAGAAAAACAACCACCAGCACCAGACAGGCGGCAGCGGGGUGGAAUGACCACGAAUCGCUCGCUGUUCGCCGGGCUCACGCUGUCCCUGCCCCGGUGGGCGGGUCUCGUUGCCAUGCUGUGGGCAGCUCUCAGGCCCUGAUGCUGCUUUUGGAAACUGGUCUUAAGCCGACAGAAGUUAGGCAGGGGUUUUGUUGUUGUUGUUGUUUUUCUAUACCGUUUCUUUGAGAACAGCAGAAACGCUGUGAACGGGAAAUGCGAAAAGCCAGUGUGUGCAUGGGAAAGGGUGACUCUGUGCCUGUGGGUCCUUGACUCUUCACGGGGCUCUACCCUGGUGGCAGGCUGAGCCGUAGGCGGAAGAUGGCGAUCCGGAGCUCUGGGCUGCUGAGGGCGCCAGUGCCGCUGUGAUCUCCACGCUGUUACCGCUUUCGUUAUUAUUGUAAUGAAACUGCUGCCUCUUGUGUGUGUGUAUUGGAGAGGGUUUCCUCCCUUUCUUUCUUUAUAAGCUAGCGCAAAUGAAGGAAGAGGGUUUUCCUCUGGGUUGUAGGCUGCUUGGCGGGCACAGGGGCCCCUGCCAAGCUCUCUCUCUGUGUGCCAAUCGACGGCCGCCUCCCGGGCCUGUGACGCCUCCACGGCGAUGUUACCCACCUGACACCGGCCGCCGCAGCGGUCACAUGUGAAAUGACGGCCCAUCCUGCCGGGUGGGAAAAGUUGAAAAUGCCCUGGUUCCAGGUCAGUUAACGUGGUCAGUAAUUCCUGUAGCAUUAAUGAAAAUCCGUUGGAGAUGUCCGGGGGUAGCAUUGAAUGUAUCUGCAGAGCCUUUGGGAACUCCGAGAGCUCCUUGCUCAGAUGGGGCCUUGCCCUUCCGUUUGCCAGGCUCUGGGCUCACAGAAUCCCCGCCCCCCGCCCCGGGAUGGGUCACCAUCAUCACGCGUGCCGUCGGCUGCUGGAGCCCGCCUGGUGGUGAACAGAGCAGGCUGGGAGUGCUCAUGCCAGGUGGGUUUCCUGCAGAAUGUUCAAGAAUGUCUUGCCCAGCUGAGCUGUAUCGCCUCGUCACAGGCCCUGAAGCCUGACCCACUUGGGCACGAGGCUGGCAGCCGGCGUCAGGGGGAGUUGCUGUCUCAAUCUGGAGACACGGGCACCGGGUGGCCCUUCCUGGCUUCCCCGGCUGCAACGGGGCUGUUGCUGGAAGGUGGGCCAGCGGGUUCAGGCUCUGCGCCAGAAGCCUCUGAGCGUCCCCUGCAGGGCCUCAGAGGGCCUCAGAGUUUCUAUGACAACCUUAAUGAUUAUCAGGAAAUACUGCCAGUCUGCAAACGUCCCCGCUUUAGAAAGGAACAGCAUGUAGCAAGGCUGUGCGUGCAGAAACCACGCCUGGAUGGUGUCACGUGUCUGUUAAACACAAUACCUCAACUUUACAAUGUGGUUGGUUUUUUUUGAGAGAAAUAAUAGUUUUAAUUUUUGUGUUUAUUUUUUACCUAAUUGCCUGAAAGCAAACACCAAACGCUGAUGUCUGUAUGUGGGGCAAAGGGUCAGUAUGAUGGUUUUCAAUAUUUUUUUCUUUUUAUCAGUUAUUUUGUGUUUAAAGUGAAAACUGUACGUGUCUGAAAUAAAUAAUUUCUACAAAUAUG